AUGGACCUAAUCGGUCACAUGCGUAUCCACGAAGAUGGAAUUAACCGCGAUAUCGACACACCUAGCACAUCUUGCACACCCACCAUUCCUAGCUCAAUAAACACCUCAUCGUCAAGCCCGCCCAUUAACAGCAACCGCAUCACCACCCCUAUCACCACUGUAACCGACUUCAAUGCCCUCGCCUUAUCCUAUCCACACUCCCCCCGCACACUCACCGCUUAUAUCGGCCCAGUCAGCCACCUGCAGAUCCACCGCACGGAGACUGGUGAACCGACAGUUCGACAGACGUUGCCGACGAUGUCCACCGUGUGCUACACAACAAAUAACCAGGUUUUUGACUAACAACAACAAUGGGGGGCGGUAAGGGUCCCAGUGUGCGCGACGUCUGUCGGCAACCGGGUCUACCCCUGUACCCCGAAAUUUUGGCAUUUGUUAUGGUGUACAAUUCCAAUAACGCCUGCUGGAAUCCGACUUGUCCUCGUGUUGGUCCAGCGCAUCUACCACGUGGCCCAUUUGCAGGGCAGGACUCGUGAACUAGUGUCUAUAACUCAAGCAUAUACCAGACGCAUUCGUCUUAACUGCCUCUACUGUCCCCGCACAUCCAACCAUCUCCUGGGCCCACUAGGUCACGUACGCACUCACAAAAACCUGCGGUAGACAACCGCCGGCUACACCACACUAUCGCACCCUUCCGAACAACACUUUGACCACACAAUAUCACCCAUCACCUCACAAUGCAAGCACUCAGUUGCCGUCCCUCACUUAAGUGUAAAGUGUUCUUCUCUGCUCCUUCUCCAUACGGCCUCUUCGCUGCAUGUGUGAUCCGAGUCCGAGAAUAUCACUGUGCGCCAAGCGCUGUGGCUUGAAAAGCUACCGACUGACGCCUCAACUCUGUCCACGCAGUCUGCCCAGUUGUGCGUGCUUGUGUGAAGUGGAGUCCUGAUAGGCUAAGAGUCAGGUCGCAACGGCCCCUUCUCAAAGUGACCUCUGGCACUCUCACACAUGUGAGAAGUGUGUGUGUGUGUGUGUGUGUGUGUGUGUGUGUGUGGGUGGGUGGGUGAGGUAGCUCAAAGGCUAGACAAUCUUCCUAUCGCUGCCGACGCCGCCGCUGCCGAGAACGCCUCUGUGGAGAACCGCUGGUGUCAACUGCGAGACACGGUCCAGUCGACGGCGCUCGCCGUUCUCGGUCGCGCUCCCCGCCAACACCAGGACUGGUUCGACGACAACGACGCCGCCAUCAGAAAUCUGCUUGCUGAGAAGAACCGCCUACACAAAGCCUACGUAGAUCACCCCACUGAUGGCACCAAAGCUGCCUUCUACCGCAGUCGCCGCCAACUGCAGCAACGACUGCGCGAGAUGCAGGACGCCUGGACUGCUCGUAAAGCUGAGGAGAUGCAAGGCUACGCGGACCGGAACGAAUGGAAGAACUUCUCCGCCAUCAAAGCUGUCUACGGUCCGCCGAUGAAGGGCACUGCUCCUCUCCUCAGCGCUGACGGCAGUACUCUCCUGACUGAGAAGACGCAAAUCCUGCAGCGAUGGGCCGAGCAUUUCCGAGGCGUCCUCAACCGCCCCUCCGUCAUCUCCGACGCCACCAUCGAGCCUUUGCCGCAAGUGGAGACCAACGUGGACCUCGACCUCCCGCCAUCUCCCCAGGAGACCAUCAGGGCCGUGCAGCAGCUCUCCAGCGGGAAAGCACCCGGAUCGGACGCAAUCCCUGCUGAGGUCUACAAGCAUGGAGGCCCCCAACUGAUGGAUCACCUGACUGCGCUCUUCCAAGAGAUGUGGCGUCAAGGUGAAGUCCCGUAAGAUUUCAAAGACGCAACCAUCGUGCAUCUCUACAAACGCAAAGGGAAUCGCCAAGUCUGCGACAAUCACCGUGGCAUCUCCUUGCUGAACAUCGCCGGGAAGAUCUUCGCCCGCAUCCUUCUCAACCGCCUCAAUAACCAUCUGGAACAGGGCCUUCUGCCGGAAAGCCAAUGCGGCUUCCGUCGUCACCGUGGGACCACGGAUAUGAUCAUCGCCGCCCGUCAACUUCAGGAGAAGUGUCAGGAGAUGCGGACUCACCUGUACUCUACCUUCGUGGACCUGACGAAAGCCUUCGACACGGUGAAUCGUGAAGGACUGUGGAAGAUCAUGCAGAAAUUCGGCUGUCCGGAGCGAUUCACUCAGAUGGUGCGUCAGCUGCACGACGGUAUGAUGGCGCGAGUCACGGACAACGGAGCUGUCUCAGAGGCAUUCGCAGUGACCAACGGAGUGAAGCAGGGCUGUGUGCUGGCACCAACCCUCUUCAGUCUUAUGUUCUCUGCCAUGCUGAUGGACGCCUACCGCGACGAACACCCCGGGAUCCGCAUCGCCUACAGGACGGACGGUCACCUCCUGAAUCAACGGCGGAUGCACUUCCAAUCGCGCAUAUCCACAACCACCGUUCACGAACUCCUCUUCGCCGACGGCUGCGCCCUGAACACCACCUCGGAAGAGAAGAUGCAACGGAGCAUGGACCUGUUCUCCGCCGCCUGCGAGAGCUUCGAUUUGGUCAUUAACACGCAGAAGACGGUGAUGAUGCACCAACCGCCACCCAACUCAGUCACAGCCCCCAACGCGCCGCCGCAAAUCAGCGUGAACGGAACCCAACUGCAAGUGGUGGAGAACUUCCCGUACCUGGGCAGUACUCUCUCCCGCAACACCAAGAUCGACGACGAAGUCGCCAACAGGAUCUCGAAUGCCAGUCAAGCCUUCGGUCGCCUCCAAAGCACAGUUUGGAAUCGCCACGGUCUUCAGCUGAGUACGAAGCUGAAGAUGUACAAGGCCGUCAUCCUGCCGACACUACUGUAUGGAGCGGAGACUUGGACGGUGUACGCAAAGCAGGCACGCCGUCUGAACCACUUCCACCUCAGUUUUCUUCGUCGCAUCCUGAGGCUGAACUGGCAGGAUCGAAUCCCCGACACUGAUGUGCUGGAACGGACGGGAAUCCUCAGCAUCUACGCCAUACUGAGGCAAAUGCAGCUGCGCUGGAGCGGCCACCUGGUGCGCAUGUCCGACGAGCGACUACCCAAACGACUCUUCUACGGAGACGUCGCGACAGGUUCUCGCCGUCAAGGAGGCCAAAUUCGCCGUUACAAGGAUACCCUGAAGUACUGCCUGAAACGCCUGCAAAUAAACCCCACCAACUGGGAGGAGCUCGCACUCGAUCGACCGACCUGGAGGAGAACAGUGAAGACAGACGUUGCGCUCUACGAAGCCAACCGCAUCGCUGCCGCCAAAGCGAAACGCGAAGCCCGCAAAUCACAACCUCGCCCAGUACGCAACGCCGCCGCAUAA